GUGGCCUGCAGGUUAUAAAAUGAAGAGGACAACAGCAGCAGGUCAGCUGUAUCGAUCAGAAGGAUCAAUGAGCGGGAUCAGACCGAGCACUGAGACUUUAAACUGAACCGGUUCAUGCACGAGCAGCGUCGCGCUCCGUUUCCGUUAAACAGCUGAUCCUGUUUAACCGGACACCGACUCCGACAGACGUAAACAAACGGCACCGGGACACAAACACCGACCACACGCAGAGAUGGCAGUGAAUAAAUCUAAAGUGGCCGUGGGGUUUAUCGUGGCGGGGGUCCUGACCGUGGUGUUCGGGACGGUCCUGUCGUUUGUGGGACCUUUAAUAAUCGACGACCAGAUAGUGAAGAACACCGUGAUCGACCCAAAGAACGAGAUGUCCUACACCAUGUGGAAGGACAUCCCCGUGCCGUUCUUCAUGUCCGUCUACUUCUUCAACGUCCUCAACCCGCAGGAGAUCCUGAAGGGAGAGAAGCCCAUGGUGGAGCAGCGAGGACCUUAUGUUUACAGGAAACGCUGUCAGAAAGACAACAUCACGUUCCAUCCCAACAACACGGUGUCGUACAGGGAGUACAGGCAGUACUACUUCGAGCCUUCCAUGUCUGCGGGGAGUGAGUCCGACGUCGUCACGAUUCCCAACAUGUUGGUGCUGGGAGCGGCCGUGAUGAUGGAAAACCUGCCGUACGCCGUGCGUCUGAUGAUCAGCGCCACAUUCAAGACUUUCAAAGAGGGGCCCUUCCUGACCAAGACCGUCGGGGAGCUGAUGUGGGGUUACGACAGCGGCCUGGUGGAUUUCCUCAAUAAAUACCUGCCUGGCAUGCUGCCCUCCACGGGGAAGUUCGGCCUCUUUGCUGAGUUCAACAACUCCAACACCGGUCUGUUCACCAUCUUCACCGGUCAGGACGACAUCAGGAAAGUUCAUAGAGUUGACUCUUGGAACGGGCUGACGGAGCUGAGCUACUGGAGGACUCCUCAGUGCAACAUGAUCAAUGGAACAGCUGGGCAGAUGUGGCCUCCUUUCAUGACGAAGGAGACGACUCUGCCUUUCUACAGCCCUGAUGCCUGCAGAUCCAUGGAGCUCGUUUACCAGCGUCCCGGCGUGAUGAAGGGAAUCCCUCUGUAUCGAUACGUCGCCCCCAAGACCCUGUUCGCCAACGGGACAGACUACGCCCCCAAUGAAGGAUUCUGCCCCUGUCGACAGUCCGGUCUGCUCAACGUCAGCAGCUGUCGCCACAACUCUCCAGUCUUUAUCUCUCAUCCUCACUUCUACAAUGCUGAUCCUGUGCUGCUGGACUAUGUGCAGGGCCUCAGUCCUAAUGAGGACAAGCAUGGCCUCUUCAUAGACAUUCACCCACAAACAGGUGUCCCUCUGAACGUGUCCAUCCGUCUGCAGCUCAACCUCUACAUGAAGAGAGUGUCAGGAAUUACAGAAACUGGCAAGAUUUCUGAGGUGGUGAUGCCCAUGAUCUGGUUCGAGGAGAGCGGUUACAUCGACGGCCCCAUCCUCACCACCUUCCACACCAACCUGGUCGUCCUCCCCGCCGUGAUGGAGUACAUGCAGUACGGCUUCAUCGCGCUCGGCCUGGCCACGAUACUGAUCGCCGCCCUGGUGCAUCAUAGAGCAAAGAUGGAAAAAGGAGCAGGAGAGACUGACCUGAAGAUGCACCGAUCACAGAGCAGUACAGUCAGAAACAGUUAUUGACGCUUGGCUCGGUUUACCGCUGCCUUUAGCUGUGAAUGGACAAAGACACAACCUCAGUCACAUGUUGUUUAGACCUGAGCAGCUGUCCUUAUACAAUAUGCGACCACAGUGCAUGUGUGGAUAUUUAUAGCACCUGUUUUAUCAGUAAUUCAACACAUGCACAGGUUAGCCAUUGAUACAUCUCUAUCAUCAUCAUCAAACGUCAGUGAUCUGGUUUACUGCUUCUAAAAGUAAAGAACAUAAGCACAGGAAAGUAAAAUACAAAUAUUAAACAUAAGCACAUUGGAGAAACAAAUCGUCUUAAUUUCUCGUCUUUAUCUGAUCACACCAGAGAAACAUUUUUAAAACAGUCUGUGCUCUGUUCACUUUAUAGAGUGUGUACACAGGAUUUAUACAUCUGACACCUGGUGUUAAGUCAUUUUCUGUUGAACAAGCAAAUUAUUAAUGUUGCUCUUUUUCCAAAACAACAAAAAAAACUGAACCAGUUUUAGACUGUAAAGAUUCAAGAUUUAACUCUGUCGUCCACUGAUUUAAACAGUUAAAACAUCAGUUGAAGUUCCUCUUGCUCCUCUGCGGACGUGUCUUUAUAUAACACUCCAGACUUUACCUACAACCUAAACUCUCACUUUGACCGACUGGAUAAAGUGAGUAAAUCAGUCGGUGUAAUUAGCUGGUGAACUCGUCCAGUUGGUGAAGGUCCUGCCUGUUUAUCAGCUGUGGUAUAACCUGUUGUGUUGCUAAUCAGUCGGCCCUGUGUUGUGUCAUCCCUCUGGUUUGGGGCCGUUCUGUUGUUUUGAGUCAGUCAGCAGAAGUUUGACCUCGAUCAGAGCUGAACCUCUGGACUCUCACGCACAGAUUCAACAGUCAGAACGUAUUUUUAUGAGAUAUCAGAGGCAUCCAGAGGAACUGAGAGUGUCACAGUUAGAGGAGUUUCUGCAGCAACACUGUGAGCUUUGAAGAUUAGAUUCAAUCUAAACGUCUUUUUGGGAAACUGGAAAUAGAAAUAGCGUUCUUGUGGCGAAUUAAAAUGAGAAGCCACUCUCAUGAUUGUUCACUAAAUAUGAAGUCAAAGCCUGGAGAGUUAGCUUAGCCUAGCAUUAAGCGUGGAACGUGGACAGCCUCUCCUUCUCCCAGCUUCACAUUUACUGUACAGACCCGAGAGCGGCGUCAAUCUUCUCAUCAAACGAGUCAAAGGUGCUGCUGGGAACAAGAAAACCACUAUCAAUAGUCAUGUCAAUGUAAUGUGUUAUGAAAGACAUUACACUUGUUGUAUAACACCAUAAACCAACCAGUUUAAGUUAAUGAGUAUUUUCAGCUGCUGCUCUGUUGACAUCUCACUAUCACAGCUCAGCUGUAGUGAGUGUUUAUGGUGUGUGAUAUCAGCUGCAGACAGUCACAGGCUGAUGUCUUCACUCAGGUGAACA